UACAGUAUUUGUCCUACCUUACUAGACAACGAAACGCAAUGGUCAGACACUGUUCUGUUGACGAGCAACACGUUUAUGUCACACGAACGAAGAAUUGAACCCACGAGCGGCAAAAUAAAAGCGUGCAACACCUUGGAAAGAAAAUAUCGCGUCAAGGUUUGGUCGGGGGCACACUUCUAUUUUUUAUUUAUUUUACAAAGGCACUUCGACAGCUGCGUGUUUUCAAACAAGCCAUCAACAAAGAAUGAAAUCCUUCAAACGAGUUCUGGAAGAGGAGCGGAUGCGAGAGCAGGAGCUGUCAGCCAUGUCUGACAGUGACACCUUUGAGGAUGACCGCUCCAUCCUUGACCUGUCUGGAGGGGGUGGGGGCUCGGGCAAGCGGCGUCGCCGUGGCAACCUGCCCAAGGAGGCGGUGCAGGUGCUGCGGAGCUGGCUGUACGAGCACCGCUUCAACGCCUACCCCUCAGAGCAGGAGAAACUCAGCUUGUCAGAUCAGACCAGCCUUUCUGUGCUACAGAUAUGCAACUGGUUCAUCAAUGCCCGCCGCCGCCUCCUCCCCGACCUUCUCCGCAAGGACGGCAAAGACCCCACCCAGUUCACCAUCUCCAGGCGGGCGGGGAAGGGCGAGGGCCGCCCAGCCACUGGAGGAUUUGGCAGUUCCCCUGAAAGCCCCACCUCAGUCCACUCUCCAGCCCUGCCCCCUCUCAGGCCCUCUGUCAUCCGACCAGCCCCCACACUGGACCUCAGCCUCCUGGGAAAUACUGCCACUGCCAUCCUUUUGGGCGCUGGCUACCCCAGCCAAAAGGGCUACUGUGUCCAGGCCCUGAUGCAGCUGGACAUGCAGAGUCUCCUGAGGAGGGAGGCUGAGGAGAAUGGCUCCAAGGUUAUCAGCGCCAGCCCCACUGGCGGGCUAUUCAACACGCCGCCCCCCACGCCUCCGGAGCUGUGCCCCUGCCAGGAUUUCAGUGACUUGAGGUUGCUGGUGGAUGCAGCUCUCCAGAGGGCCGCCGAGCACGAGAGUCAGAGGCUGCUCCCAGAGUACCAGAGCAGGGCCACUGCAGAAGCGACGGGUGGCUGUAGCCACAGCAGCAGUGUCCCCAGUUUCAGUUCUAAUCCAUGUCCCAGUCUGUUCUGCACCUAAACUCGCCAUGGCCUCUGUACCGGCUCCAAAUGUGCCAGCUCCAAGCUCUACCCAGGUCCCAACCCUAACCUCUGUCCUAACCCCGGCCCAACCUUUAGCCCCAGCCCUCAACCCAUUCCUGGGCCUGGCCUCCCUCCAGCCCUUGUCCUCCUCCAUCCCCAACAGCAGUGUCCAGAGGGCCCAAUCGGUGCCCAGUGUGUGGAGUGUGGUCCACGGCGAUGUUACAGUCCGACAGCCUGUCCCCGUGGUUCAGACUCCCAUGGCCGCCGUGUGGGGGCCACAGCACACCUUGCGCACCGUCAACUAGAGCCAUGGCCACUCCCUUGUCUGUGUGUAUGUGAGGGAGCCCCGUAUCCCUACUCAGACUGCCCCUACCUGUGUGUACGUUCCCUUCAUCGGCCCCUCUGACACUAUGCUCUGCAGUUUGGAUAUGGCAGAGCUCAUGCAUACGGUUCAUACACCAGAUGCUGGGAAGGAUACGAGGGAUGGAAAGACUAUUGUUUUUAAAGACGGUGCUUUUUUAAGCAUUUUUAUCAGGACUUAUCCAAUGCAGACUGUUGCUGGGUGGAACCUUUCAAUGUGGUUUUUCAAUCAACAUUUCAGAGUAUAGGUUAAAUGUUGCGACGGUUGACAUAAGAACGACGACACCAAGUUCCAUGAUGUAUUUUUUUAACUCUUUUCCACGAUCUCAACUAUUUCCAAAAGGGGUCAAGGAGGACAUUUCCUUCCCCUGUGAUGUUUAUUAUUAUUUUUAACAGUGAUGUUGCACCAGUAGAGCUAGGCUUAUCUGUAGCAAUACUGGACUUGGUUGAAUGUAUUAAGGUUACUUUUAUCUCUGGCGGUCUAGCCUGUCAAUCAUUCCCACCAAGGGUGGACCUGGGGCUGAGACAAGUGUUUUUCAAGCCCUGGUGUUUCGCUCCUCCAGUACAGUUUAUGCACUUUAGAUAUUUUCAUGUCCACAUCUUCACACAGUGCCGGAAGACAGGCGGAAGGGGAAAUUGAUUGUAAUUGCAGUGUGCCUGACUGCACAGCUCCAAUGUCUGUCUCCUCUCUCCUUGCCUUAAUUAAAGCUACUGUAAAAAAGUGGCCACCAUGGAUUCUACGUUCGAGACACUAAAUUAUCAGUUGCAAAUAAUAUGAACUGUUUUUUUUUUUUAAAUUACUUUUUUAAAUGUUCAUUUAAACCUGUUUCCAAAAUAGUGUCUUAGUAGGUAAAUGUUUUUGUGUGAAAACACACUAGGAAUGAUAUGAUUUUUUUGGUCUUACUUUCUGCGCUAUCUUUAUGCAUCAUGUACAAUUUCCAGGGAUGUAUUGUUUUUAUUGUGGAUGUGAAGGAGGUGGAAUUCCUGUGUGUGUUUGAGAGCGAUGGGGCGGGAGGUCCCGUUAUAGAAAUCGAUUUUGUGGCGACGCUAAAGGCUUAGUUUGGUGACGCCUACAGGCCGUCUCCUCAUUCUUACGGGUAAUGUAACACUUGCUAUAAGUGCCCUAUUAUGCCAUAGUCUUUUAUGGAUGAAGCUUGUCACAAACAUUUCAAGCUUUUGGGCCCUCCUGUUUGGAGAGGGAUUGACCCAAGUAGCGAAUCAUUGGCGGCUUAAGAUUUGGUCCUUGUGUUGCAAACAAAUAUAUCUUAAUUGAAACGCCUGUUCGCUUGGAUGACAAUCUGGUCAGUGCUGUAUUGAAUUAGUUGAUUUUAAUGUUGAGUAAGUUAUUGAGAAGCAAACUGUCUGACUUCCUUUCACUCUCUCUUUUCCCUCUGUUUUAGCGACGCAUAUCCUCUCGUUAGACUAUUUUACUAUUUCUUAUAUGGUUGUAGUUUCCAUGAAACAAUCUCUCAUACUGCAUGUUAUGGCCAAAUCGACGCUGCACAAAGUCAGUUGGGGCCCUACUACGUAAACAGUGCUGCUGCAAAGUAAUUUUCUUCUGUCCAUGGGUCUGUUCAAAUGGGACUAACUUAGUCUUUAAUAGCUGUUACUGGUGCCAUACCCUGGUGAUUUUUUUUUGUUUUUUUACAGCUAGAUGCAUGAUAAGAGCAGAUAUGGAAUCUUGAGUUAUUAUAUACCUAGAUUUGUGACUAGCACAAAUCCCCAUUCCUUCACUUCCUCUUGUUUUCUGCUCUUUCGUGAGGCUUAAUGUCAGCACCAUUUCCUGAAUUGUCUAGAAUGUCAGAUGUUCUAGAUCCUCUGCUAACAGAUAUGCUAAAAGAGUCACCUCUUUCUCACACACUUUGGGUCGACUGUAGGGUUCGGUCAGACUUGAGUCUGAAUACGAAGCAAAGAAUGUUAACUAUUUUAACAGGUUUUGAAUAUAGAUGCCGUACAAUAAAGCGGGUAUGUGGUUUAUUCAUUACUACACUUCUACGUUACUACAUAUUACUUAUUGUGAUACUGGAAUCGGCUGAAUACUGAACAUUAUUUAGAAAGGUUAUUUUAUAUAUCAGGUUUUGGAUGCAGAUCGAAACGACCAAAUGCAUCCUAAAUGUUUUUCCAUUUCACUGUGAAAUCGUGUGGGACAGUAUAACUGGCUAUCGUGCCUUAAACCGGGGAUUGAGGGAACAUGCUCCUUCUACAUAGAAACUUUUGAAUAGUUUGUGCAAUAUAUGCCUUAAACUUUAAAUGUGUUUUGUACAAGCAUUUAAGAGAAUAAAACCUUUUUCAUACGCUG